AGAAUGAUCACUUCAGUGUUAGUAUUCAGCCUCCAGUUGGAGAGUUACUUUUACCAGUAACUAUGACGGAAAAGGAUUUCAGAAAAGAAAGAGGAAGUCUGACUGGUAUGAAUGAAGUAUCCGCUACAAUCUCUGUGGCACCACAGAAUACUACCCGUCUUAUGAUACUGCAGAAGGUAACAAGCAUAGCAAACCUUGGCGGAGUUCCUUCGGGUGAAGAUAACAUCCACAGGUUUGCGGCUAAAACUGUGCACAGUGGGUCACUUGUGCUUGUCACAGUGGAGCUGGAAGAAGGAUCCACAGCACAGCUCUUCAUCAACACGGAGAAGACGGUGAUUGGCUCCAUUCUUCUGCGGGAGCUGAAGCCUGUCCUGUCCCAGGGGUAACCCGCUUACAUCUGGACUUCAGAAUCUGGCACACCACAACAGUGCCUGGCAUCUACUACGGCUGCCUUUCAUUUAUAAUAAUAGCCUUUCCAUCUGGCAGUGGGGGAAGAAUACACUCUUGACAUUCUUGUCUCCUGUUUUAGAAUGCUAUAGUGUACAUCUAUCACACAAACAAGUAUAUUGCUCCACUCCCCCCCCCCUCUUUUUUUUUCAUUAACCAAAGAAAUACGCAUUUUAUUCUCGGUUAAAUUUUUAAUGUUACUUACACAUUUUCCCUUUAGCCUGAUUUUCCCUUCACUCUGCUAGUUUUAUUAUGAUUUUCUUUUAGAUUUUAUGCAAAGACAGGAAAAAAGCUGAUAAAAGCUGGCUUAGAAAAAAUAGUUUUAAAAAAUCAGUUUAAUUAGAAUAAUUAAAUAACGUUUGUGGAAAUCAGUCUGAAAUGAGAUAGGCUUUUGAUAUGGAAUUUGGGGACAAAUUUAGUGUUCAUUGCCCAGAGGUUUAAGCCUGUAUUAAUCAUUUAUUUGUAUCUGCUUUCUGUAGCUGCCUAAAUAUUGAGAUGAUAAUAAAAUCACAUUAUGAUAAA